CUAGAGCCCCGGCGUGCCGACUGCUGGUCGCGACCUCGCAGCGGAGUGACGGUCCCGUGCGCCCACAGGACGACUGUAAUGGGUCUGAUGUCAGAGCUGCGUGUGGCUGUGCCCUGGGGACACAUCGCUGCCAAACUCUGGGGCUCCCAGCAGGGUUCCCCAGUUCUUUGCCUGCACGGCUGGCUGGACAAUGCCAACUCCUUUGGUAGACUCAUCCCUCUUCUCCCAAAAGACUUUUGUUACGUUGCCAUGGAUUUCGGGGGACAUGGGCUCUCAUCCCAUUACAGCCCGGGUCUCCUGUAUCACCAGCAAAACUUUGUGAUUGAGAUCCAGAGAGUUGUAGCAGCUUUGAAAUGGAAUCGUUUUUCCAUCAUGGGCCAUAGUUUCGGUGGUUUUGUGGGCGGAAUGUUUUCCUGUCUCUUCCCCGAGAUGGUGGAUAAACUUAUCUUGCUGGACACGUCGCCAUUUGCACUGGACUUUAAAGAACUGGAGAACUUGCUGACCUACAAGCGGAGAGCCAUAGAGCACAUGCUGCAGGUGGAGGCCUCCCAGAAGCCCCCGCGAGUGGUCAGCCCAGAGGAGAUGCUGCAGGGGCUCCUGAAGAACAACAGUCACGUGGGCGAGGAGGGUGCGCGGCUCCUGCUGCAGCGAGGGACCACACAGGUGGCCACAGGUCUGGUGCUGAACCGAGACCGGAGGAUCGCUUUGCCAGAGCACAGCAUCGACUUCCUCAGCAGGGAGCUGUUCGUGCACUCCAUCCAGAGGCUGCAGGCCCGCGUCCUGCUCAUCAAAGCAACGCAAGGGUUUUAUAAUGUGAGAAGAGUGUACGACACGGACAAGGAGUUCAUCCUUUUCGUGAAGGACACAAUGCAAUCUGUCCUAAAAGAGAGGUUCCAGAUGGUAGAAGUCGUGGGCAAUCACUACAUGCACCUGAACCAACCCCAGCACGUGGCCGGGGUCAUCGGCUCCUUCUUGAAGAGCAGUGAGAGCCCCCCGAGCCAGCUGUAGCCUGGGCCCGGGGCCUCGGAGACCUGGCUCCCAUCACUCGCCAUGUUGUCUCCCAGCUCCUGGGCACCCCCCCACCCCCACCCCCGCCGGGCCAGGAGCGGUGGGGACCAGCCUCGCUGGUCUUGAAGACCGUCACAUGCUGAGGCAGAGGCUCCUGGGGCGGGGUUUGGAGGGAUGGGGCCAAGAUUCUGACGUGUGGCAUGUGACCUCAAGGGGGAGCCGCUGACAGUCUGGGGCGGGGGGAGCGGCCAGGCUGCCGCCCAGCUGGAUGAAAAAAAACAUCCUUGUGUUCUCACA